AUGUUGGUGGUUGAAUCGAGUGGUUCCAAGGUGGAUCUUCCCGAGGAGCUGCUACAAGUUCUACCGUCUGAUCCUUACGAGCAGCUUGAUGUGGCCCGCAAGAUCACCUCCGUUGCACUCUCGACACGUGUCAACGCACUCCAAUCGGAGUCGUCCACUCUGCGCGCCGAACUCGCCGAUAGAGACCGCCUCAUCGCCGACCUCCAAACUCAGGUCGACUCCUUCGACGCCGCUCUCUCCGAAGCCACCGAUAAGCUAGCCCGAGCCGACCAAGACAAGGAGGGUUUGCUGAAGGAGAAUAUUUCUCUUUCCAAUGCGGUGAGGAAGCUCACCAGAGAUGUCUCUAAGUUGGAGAGUUUCAGAAGGACGCUCAUGAAAUCACUUCACGAGGAUGAGGAAAAUUCUGGAGGAGCACCGGACAUUGCUGCUAAGUUGCAUAGUCAAGCAAGUAUCUCUUCCUCGUCGCAAUUUGGAGAUGAAGAUGCUUCAACGCUUUCUUCUAGAUCUUCUUCAAUGCGAAUGAACACUUUUGAUGCGCCAAAUUAUUUUGCAGAGGAUCGUGAGUCUGCUGGGUCAAGAUCUCGAGCAGCUUAUAAUGUUCUCUUAGCAUCUCAAACUAGUACCCCUCGCAUUACUCCCCCAGGUUCUCCUCCUACUAUGUCUGCAUCGGUAUCCCCAACAAGAACAUCAUCUAAGCCUGCGUCUCCAAGGCGCCAUGCAAUGUCCUUUUCAACCUCAAGAGGAAUGUUUGAUGAUAGGUCUUCAGUUGCCUCACAAACUGGUCGAACACGUGUGGAUGGAAAAGAGUUUUUUCGCCAAGUUAGGAGUCGUUUAUCUUAUGAACAGUUUGGUGCAUUUUUAGCAAAUGUUAAGGAACUGAAUUCUCAUAAACAAACCAAAGAGGAAACACUACAGAAAGCUAAUGAGAUUUUUGGGGUUGAAAACAAGGACCUCUAUACUAUAUUUGAGGGAUUGAUAACACGCAAUGUCCAUUAA